AUGGAAGGCAAAUAUGAUGUUAAAUAUGAUGCUGUAAAGCGACAGAAAAAGUUUGUUUCGACAUGGAGAAAUCAUUACCCUUGCUUACAAAUAUGCGUGGAAGAAAAGUACAAUGACGGCAGCGUUCGUCCUGAUUUUAUGCAAUGUAGAGUCUGUGUAAACAAUCCACUCAUUGCCGACAAACGUAGUGCAUUUUUUAUUGGCUCAACGAACUCUAGAAUAGAUCCCAUCAAGAAACACAACUUGUCAAGACAGCAUAUUGCAUGUGUACGUGCUGAAGAAAUGCGAGCAGGACCAGUGAACGUCGAGAUUACAAAGAUCGAAGCUGGCCUUCUUUCUCUUCAUAGCAAAGAACGGCAACAUUAUCAGUAUUUGUUUCGCACAGCAUACGCUGUUGCAAAGAAAUGCAAGCCUUUUCUUGACUAUGAGUACAUUUGUGAGGUACAGCAGGCCAAUGAUGUUGAUCUAGGUAAGAACUAUCUGCGCGAUAAGUCUGCAGCCUUGUUCACGAAGUAUAUUGCUGAUGAUCUAAGGUGCAAGACUGCUGAUGAUUUAAAGCAGUGUCGCUAUCUCUCGGUGAUUUGUGAUGGAUCAACAGAUUUGACUGUAGUGGAACAGGAGGUUGUCAUGGUUCGCUACAUUGAUCUUACGACUGGUCGACCAGUGACUAGGUUGUCUGCAUUGAUAGAGUUGGAACACGCUCACGCAGAUGGAGUAUAUACAGCGCUAAAGGAUGGUUUGCGAAGAGUUAUUAGUGAACAACCCGAGGAUACCCUCAGGCUCUGUACGCAUGGGGCCAACAUUGUUUGCGGGAAUUUCGAUGGUGCUGCUGUCAUGAUGGGUGAUCGCAACGGUGUCAAAGCAAAGCUGGUCAGAGACUAUCCUUGCGCCGUUGUAAUUCACUGUGUUGCUCACAAACUAGAGCUUGGCAUUCUUGAUGCAGUUAAAGCGGUUCCAUAUCUUGCAGAGUUUGAAGCAAGUAUGAAGGAAAUUUUCAAAUAUAUCGGUAUUCACCUAAACGGCAACGAGAGCUGA